AUGGCUAUAGAAUUUAAGAGAACUACAUCGUUAGUGCUUCUAUUAUCAUGCUGGGCAUUGUGCGAGGAAGCCAAACAAGUAGCGCCGGCGAAUGGAAAAAGUCAGGAAAAGCGCGGAGUUGCGGAAACCUCGUCGCCACCGCUCGGUUACGCAGGCCAAGCCAGUACAUCACCUGUAGGACACACUUCCGAACCAUUUGGCACAGCCAGCACGCCAGCGGCCUAUGCUCAAGGAACCUCGAAAGCCACAACAAUAGCUGCUGCACAGGGUUUCGGAACUAAAACUAGCAUAUCGCCACUCGCUUACGCUACCUCUCCGCCUCAGCUUAAGAUAGCUGCAUAUGCAGCUCCUCAGCAACAAUUAGCCUAUUCGCCACAACCAGCAGGCCCUCAGCAGUAUGCAGGCCAAAUAUUUACGAAGGUAAAUCUGAUUCCUGCAAUCGAUCUGGGAAAAUUGGGGUAUGGAGGCCAACAAGGUUACAUCGGCCAAGCAUUCCCCGUGCAAUCUCAGGGUCACCCAGGUUACGCUUUGGCAUCACAGCAUCAAGCAUACGCCGUGGCACCUCAGGCAUAUGCGCCUCAAGGAUAUGCUUUGCCUCAGGGAUAUGCAUCACCUCAACAAGGUUACAGUCACGCGGGCCCUGCUGCUGCCCAACAUGGAUAUCAGCAGCAAUACUUGAUUGCACAAGCCGCUCAAGGUGCUUAUAGCGCACCAGCCCUGGCAGCUUUAGGCAAAGGUGCUGGUGGACCGGCUGGGCAAUACUAUGCGGCUUCGCCCGUAUCUCUCGCUAGACCUGGUCCAGUUGGCCAGUAUUAUGCCACACCCAUAGCAAUUGCCAAAGGAGCGAGUCCAAUCGGACAGUACUACGCGCCCGCUCCGGUAGCGUUAGCUAAAGCUGCUCCAGCAGCGCAGUAUUAUGCAUCAGCUGGAGGUUACGACACGACACAUGCGGGUAUUGGUGCUAAGUUGGGAGGAUAUUCACAGCCGGCCUUGAUCCAAACGGCCUAUCCGCAACAAGCAGCAACUAAAGCCAUAUCAGUUGGCGGUGCUUCUGGACAUGGGCAAGGUGCUGUGUCGUAUGCCAGCUUUUCUCAAGGAUUAGGAUCUUCUGGGCAUAGAGGUGGACCAGCCGCACCUCAAUUUCAAUACUCACAAGGAAUUGCAGGCGCAGGCGCAUCAAAAGUCGCAUAUAUACCACAAGUGGCAUUUUCACAAGCACCAGCCGCUGGCUACUCAGGUCAACAGGCGUCAGCAUACUCCCAUCCGCCAGCAGGAGGAGCUUAUACCCUGUUUUCAUCUCCACAAGGACAUAUUUACGCAAUGCCCAGAGGCUCACAGGUAUACGCCGCAUAUGACAAUCACGCAGCGGCCUCGCCACCUCAACAAAUUUAUGCUGCCGCACCACAACAAGCUAUUUACAGCGGAGCACCACAAAGCUCACAUAUAGCAGGGUAUUUAGCAGGCACUGCUGGUAAAUUUUCUGCUGGAGCAGCAUAUCAUCCACAACCAGCUGCCACCACGCAUGCUUAUGCAGCAGUACCUGCUACUUAUGCUGCAGCACCGGCAGGCUACGCAGCAGCGCCUCAGCAGAGCUACGCGGCUUCUCCGCAAAUAGGAUACGCUAAAUUAGGAUAUGGACAUCAAUAA